GGGCCCGUGGGGCGGGGCUCCCGGGGGCGCAGUGACAAUGGCUACGGACGAGUUGGCGGGGAAGCUGCACCGGCGGCUGCAGAUCGAGGAGGGGGAGGAACCGGCGGCGGCGCUGGAGUCCGGGAGCGGCGCGAUGGACGGCGCGGAGGGGAAGCCGCCCACCGCCAGCGCCGGCACCGAGCUCUCGGCUAAGCUGAGCCGCCGCACGGAGCUCAGUGAGGGUCAGGCGGAGCCGCUGCAGCUCAGCCUCAGGGUCUUCAACCCCUACACCGAGUUCCGGGAGUUCUCCCGCAAACAGAUCCGAGAUAUGGAGAAGAUGUUCCGACAGUACGACGCGGGAAAGGACGGCUUCAUUGACCUGAUGGAGCUGAAGCUGAUGAUGGAGAAGUUGGAGGCACCUCAGACCCACCUGGGCCUCAAGAACAUGAUCAAGGAAGUGGACGAGGACUUUGAUGGCAAACUCAGCUUCCGAGAGUUUCUGCUGAUUUUCCGGAAGGCUGCAGCAGGGGAGCUGGCCGAGGAUGGGGGCCUCCUGGUGCUGGCCCAGCUCUCCGAGAUCGACGUUGCCACCGAGGGAGUGAAAGGCAGCAAAGUCUUUUUUGAAGCCAAAGCAAAAGCCAUUGAGGAUGGAAAUCGCUUUGAGGUGGAGAUCAAGGCGGAGCAGGAGGAGAAGAAGAAACAAGCCGAGGAGAAGAAGCAGCGACGUGAUGCCUUCAAAGAGUUGAAGUCAGCGUUUCACUAGCCCUGCACCCGCCCAGGACUCAGCCUGCCUCACGGGCUGGCACGGGAGCACGGAACAGGGGCUCGGUGCGGGGAAUGUCU